AUGGCCAGUCUAGGCUCAACCACCAUCGAACUACACGCCGCCGGCGCCCAGAGCGCCCAAGGCUCCCGCCCCGACCAACAAGACACGUACAUAAUCCUGACGUCCACAGAGUCCCCAGACAAAGACAUAGACAUAGACGAGUCAAUCGCACUCUUCGCGGUCUUCGACGGGCACGGCUCGCCCGCCGUCUCCGCGCACGCAAAGCAGCACAUCCCGCGCCUCCUCCUCUCCUCCCCCGAAUUCAAAGCCGGCAUGUACGAGCACGCCAUGCAGGCCGCCAUUGACCGCGAAGACGACCUGCUCAUGCAGGGGUUCAACGAGGGAAACGACGCCUUCGCGGUGUCGGGGUCCACGGCGUCGCUGGCGGUGAUUGAUUUGAAGAGGGGCGUUCUGGUCGUUGGGAAUAUCGGCGACUCGCAUGUUCUCUUGGCGGAGAGGGAGCCGGGGACGGGGAGCGUGAUGAAUGUUAGCCGCCUGACGACAGCACACAAACCCGAAGAUACCGAGGAAAAGGUACGCAUCGAAAAGGCGGGCGGGGUGGUGCAGUCGCAGCACGACGUGCCGCGCAUCGGCAGCCUCAACAUGUCGCGCGCGCUGGGAGACUUGCAGUACAAGACGCCGCUGAUCACGGCGGCGGACGCACCGAAGACGGAUGGGCAACGGGCUGCGAUGUGUGCAGAUGCAGAGCCAUCCAACGCGCCAACGCAGAAUUAUACUGGAACUGGAGCUGGAACUGGCGCUGGAACUGGCGCUGGAACUGGCGCUGGAACUCAGGGCGGGACGGAGAAGGCAACGGACGACCUGAUCACGGUGCAGCUAUCGUUCAAGCGGGUCGACCUGCGCAAAGACGCACAGUAUAUUCUUGCGCUGACGUCGGACGGGGUCACGAAUGUGCUGGAGGACGGCAAGAUCAUGGAGGGGCUUGUGCAGAUGUUGAAUGCGGGGAGUCAGGCGGAGGAUGCGGCGAGGGUGCUGGUUGACCAGGCGGUUGCGACGCCGUGCAGUGACAAUGCGACGUGUGUGGCGGUCUUCUUGAAUGGGAGCGAGGCGAGGAUGGGUUGA